GCUUCAGCUCCAGCCAAAAACAGCUGAGUAUCUCGGACCUGACCAUUGGUUAAACAUCCAAACAUCCGAAAGAUACGAGAUACGUUUCGCACUUCAAACGGUUGGCAAUCGGUACAUGCGAAAGUGCGCCAGUUGAGAUCAAAAUGCACGUUCGGAACGAGAUAAAAGAGGUCGGAAAUAAUACCACAAUAAUAAUAAAAUAAUAAAAAUAAUACCAACAACAACAAAAAUCGCACAGUGGCACCCGAACCCGAGCAGUGGAGCAGUGGAGAGAGAAAAAAAAAAGUGCGGGUGUUUGUUUUUCGCGAAAGUGCACGGAAUUUGGCCAAUCGAUUGGCCAUAAAAAAGCCCCAAAAUAGUGAAGCAAAUGCGGAUAAGUUCGAGGCGUAAUUGGUCGUUGUCGCAUUAUUACAGAAGGAAAAGUUGAAUACAAAGUAUAAGUAAGAAGUAAAAGAGAAAAAAAAAAGUGAAAUUAAGUGUUUUUGAAAACAAAACCACAACCAUAAAAAUACAAAUAAAAAUAAAAGCAAAUACAAAAGCAAAACACAAAAACAUAAACAUGACAUGGCCGCGUCUCGUUUACACAAUAACUCAAAAUUAAUUUAAUAUGCUGGCAAAUGAGCGAGCCGAACCGAAAAGCAAGCUAAAAGCCCCUAAAUCGAGGAGAGGCUCAUAAACGGCUGCCAUGGCCGCUGCUUCCGCUGGACAGCAACAGCAACAGCAGCAGCAGCAACAUCAGCACCAGCACAAGCUAAACAUUGCUGGCAGUGCUGAGACGGUUGCAAGCGAGAUGCAUCACCAACAGCAGCAGCAACAACAGAUCAAUAUGUUCAAGCAGCAGCAGCAGCAGCAGCAACAACAGCAGCAGCAGCAGCAACAUCAAUUUUUCCAUCAACAGCAACAGACAAAAUUUGUAUCGCGGGUCGUUACAAGUGCAACAUCGAUGCAACAUCAGCAACAUACGCAACAGAUACUACCAGCUGGCUUGGUAAACGGCAAUGGGAAUGGCAGCGGCACCAUGAUGCAAGCGACGAAUCUGCAACUGCAGCAGCGCACCAGUCAACAGCAUAUAUUUGUCUGCCCCACUAGCAGCCCCCAGCUCCUGCAACAGCAGCAGUAUCAGCAGCAGCAAGCCAAACAGCGCCAGGCGCAAAUAAAGUUGCCAGUUAAAUCGACGGCGGCGGCAACUGUUGCUGCUGCUGUCUCCGUCACUGUUGCUAGUGCGGCGCAUUGCCUGCCGACAACAAUUGCAUCGCGUCAAUUGAGUCAGAACAAUCAGCUCUAUGCCAAGAAUGUUGCCAAAGCUAACAACCCCAUCCCCAGCGGCACUACCAGCAGCAGCAGCAACAGCAGCAACCAAACUAACAGGAAGUUCAAUACUAGCUACAAUGGGAAUUUGGCUCCUGGCUGGCGUCGCUUAACCAACAACAAUGAAGUGGCCUACAUCAGCCCCUCCGGCAGGACGCUGCGCACGCAGUUCCAGAUCAAGGACUAUCUGCUCUCGCAGGGUACCUGUAAGUGCGGCCUGCCAUGUCCGCUGCGCCCGGAGUACCUUUUCGACUUCAAUGCCCAGGUACCCAACAUGCCGCUCAAGUUGCCGGCAGCAGCCGAGUCGCCAGCCACAGCCGCGUCAAUGCCAACACCUUGCCUGCACCAAAGGCGAUUUCUUGAAUCUCAGCAGCACCAUCACCAGCACCAGCAGCAGCAGCCGCCGCAGCCGCCACAGCUAUCCCCACAAGCUGAACAGCAACCACAUGGCAUCAAAGAUGUAUCCAUAUCCGUAUCUGGGCCAGCAGCUGUCAGCGAUGUGUUCCCAACACUGAUGACAUCGACAGCCAGAACGGCGACAACAUCUACGCCUGUCGCAGCAACAUCAGGAGCAUCGGCAGCAGCAACACCCCCGGCUCAAGCCCCAACAACCACUCAUGAAUUGGCCAACAAAGACGCUGAUUGCCCCAAAUACGGCAAUAACAAAUUACCUGUCCGAACCACGCCCACUGCGGCAUCUACGCCUACGCCCGUGUCCAUGGUUCCGACUGUGAUGCCAACUAGUCAGCCACCAGCUGGGGGAGGAGUCCCCAAACGUCCGGCCACGGGACAUGUGAUAAAGCAGCCCAGCCCAGAAAGCCCAGCUGCUCCCCCUCCGCCUCCGCCAGGAACAGCCACACACAGCCAGCAACAGCAACCAAACUUCAAGGACGACCCGGCCGGGUAUUUGCAACAGCAAACUGCUCUUUUGCAUAACACCUUGGGGGUGGGCUUGGAUGUGGCCAAGCCAGUGACGACUACCACCGCCACGGCACGCGCUCUGCCCCAGGAGCCCAUUGUCCAUAGCUCCCAGCAACAGCAGUUCCAGCUGAUGCAGCAGCGCCAGAAGAUCCGUCGCCUUUCGCUCUAUGGAAAAUGGGAAAACACGGAGUCAUCCCCUGCCACUAUCUCACAGCCAGGAACUCGAAGCCUGCAGGUGGAUACGGCCUUUGCCCGACCUCAGACUCCGCUGAUCACCAGCGUGACAAUUGUGCCCGCUCCCCAGGAGUCGCCAGUGUCCACCAGCUCAGCGACAGAACCGGUGGAAAAGCGACCGGAGCAGGUGGGAGCUAUAUCCACUAGCCACGAGAGUCCCAGGCAGAGUCUCUCUUCGCCAACGGACUCCAUUGACGCGGCCAAGAGUACCCCCUCGGCCUCACCCAAGCCCCAGCAGCAGAUGCAGCCACAGGUUCUCCAGAUGCGACUGCAGCCCCAGACGAGUCUUACGGCGCCAGCUUCCGUCACAAUGCCCACGCACCUGCGAGUGAUGCGGCAGCAACAGCAGCCAGCGCAGAUCAUAACCGGACAGCGAUUGCCGGUGGUGGCCAGCAGCAAUGGUGCUGUGGCCACGAUGACGAGGAGCAUAGUUACGACGACGGCGGCAACUGGCACAGUGACCGGCCGGCCCGUGACCACAACCUUGAGCAGCGGCACUACCGGAGUGACACAAUUGCAGUCCAUGGGCGGAGCUCCUGGAGGCGGACAGUUGAUAAUGACCUCGUCGGGUCAGCUGCUGGUCAUUCCCACGGCCAACAAACAAACGGCGCAACACCACCGCCCGGGUACCCAGCCGGGUCAGGGUCAGGUGAUCAUCCAGCAGCAUCCGCAACAGGCAACCGAACUGCAUCCGCAGCCGGGUGGCGGAUUUAUUGUCAGUCAGCCCUCGUCAGUGACCGCAGCAGGUAAUUCCAACGGUGGAAGCAGCGGCAGCACCGUGAUCCUCAACGCGGGAGGAGCCAAGUUGCUGCACCACCAGAUCAUCACCUCGCAGGCGGGCACAGCCGGAGCAGGAGCCCAACCGCAGACGGUUCUUCUCAACACGCUGGCCAAUGGAGGUUACAUUGUGCAACAACCCCAGCAGCAGCAGCAACAACAAGCGGAGCAGAUGCUCACCCUGCAACAGCCAUCGGCGGGGCAGACCCUGAUCAUCAGUUCGCCGGAAGCCAAGCGGCCGAGAGCUCGGAAACGCAAGAGCUCCAUGUGCCAUACUCCGCCGCCUAGUGGCUCGCCCGCCAAAACACUAUCGCCCCAGAUCUCGCCCAGCAUCCCCAGCCAGGCACCCGCUCUGCUCCACCAACAGGCAGCAGCAGCGGCGGCGGCUGCAGCGGCAGCAGCCUCUACUUCCCAGUUUCCACAGCAAUUCCAGCUCAGUCCGGGCAUCCAGGGCAUUGUGGUGAACAAGCCAAACCCACAGCCGACGCCACAGCCAACCCAGCAGCUCUUGCUCCAGAACGGACAGAUUCUGCAGCAAGUCAAUCUCAUCGGUCAGCAGUUGCUGAUGCCAGCUGGGCUGGUGAUGGCGCCGGACACUACUCUGCUGCAGAUCCAGAACAUGCCCACCACCAGUCUGCUGACGCCGCAAGGACCCGUGAUGCUGCGAACUCCCUCGCCACAGAACAAGCCCUCCUUCAUCUCGCCCAGUACCGGCGGCCAGCAGUACAUCGUGGGGGCCAAUGGUCAGCUAAGUCCCAUUGGACAGAUCUACUCCACGCCGAUGGGCCUGGUGAUGCCGACUGGCCAGCAGAGCGGGGCCUCCUUCGUGCAGGCCAGUCCCACGACUACCACCAUCCAGAUUCAGCCGCAGCAGGCGUCGCAGCCCACGCAGAUAAGUCUGCAUCCGCCACAGGCCACCUAUGUGACGGAGUCGGCGUUAAGUCGCCAGGGAACAGCGGCUAGUCCACCAGACACCACCACCUGCAGUCCAAGGAGUCCGGAACGUCCCCCAAGCCACAGGAGUACAGGCAGCGACAUGGUGCAAUGUGUUUCUAGCUCCGAACCGGAUGCUGCCAUCUCCCCACAGAGUGUGGAAAGCAGGCAGUCGCCCUCGUCGACGGACUGUGAGAGGACCACCGUGUUCACUCAGCCCAGCGGGAUCUACAAACACUCGGAGACGAAGAUCAGACGCAUCCAGAUCAACUCCCAGGGAGCCGCGACAGCAACUGCUCUGGAGAAUGGAAUGAGCCUGAUGCAAGGGCAAGGUAUGCGGCUGCCGCACUCUCAUAACCAUUCCACAAACGCAUCCAUGUCCAUAACAUCGUCAUCUCAGUCAUCUACGGCGGCACCACUAACCACCGCCGUCCCGCGCCACCUGGUGCAGCGCCUCCCAAACCACUCAACCAUCUCCAACACGAACACCUUGCUCCACAGCCAAAAAGUAGCUAACGUUGACUACCAGGAGUCGCCAACCACCACGCAGCUGCUGACACCGAAUCCACCAGCCACUCCAAUCCCAGAGCCACCAGAGAAGCCGGCGGGGAUCAGGACGCCAACGAAGCGUUCACGGCGUCCGCAAAGAGGGGCGGCUCGUGCCACGCCGACAUCCACUGGGGGUCUGAUGCCGCCGCGUUCGUUCGCCAUUGGGGAACUGAUCUGGGGUCCCGCCCGCGGUUAUCCGGCCUGGCCCGGAAAGAUCGUAAAGAUGCCGGACGGCGUGUGCACGCCGUCGCAACUGUUCGACCACGUGUGGGUCCAGUGGUUCGGGGGUGGCGGUCGGUCCACCUCCGAGCUGAUUCCUGUCAACUCGCUGCAAAGCCUCUCCGAAGGCCUGGAGGCGCACCACAAGGCCCAGAAGGAUACCAGAAAGAGCCGCAAACUGAACUCGCAACUCGAGCGGGCCAUACAAGAAGCAAUGACUGAGUUGGAUAACAUUUCAGCCUCCUCGACUCCCGCAGCCACAUCCUCGCCUAGUGGCGGCAUUGCUUCCCCAGGAGCAACUCUAAUUGCCGGACAACAGCAAUAUCAACAGCAGCAGCAACAUCAUCCGCAGCAACAGCAACAGCAGCAGCAGCAGCAGUCGCCACCACAGCCCUCUUCAACGAACAGCAAACCAAAUGGAGUGGCACGGAGCAAGCGGCAGGCCAGCUCGAGUGGGCCCAGUAUGGUCCUGAGCAACGGUACCUCGGCCACGCUGAGUGUCCUCUUCAAUCAGCAGCGACCCAAGCCGAUACGCAUUGCUCCCGCCCCGCCUGCGGCUGUGUCCGCCGUAACAGGAACUGUGCCCGGAGCGGGACGCUCGCCGGAAACCCUGAAGCUGGCCAAAUGACCAGCCGAUGUGUCGGCGAUGUCGGCGACGGUAACAGCAACACAAACAGUCAACUACAGGCUCGUCAUCGGGCCCAAGCAGUAGAUCCGGGCUUCAUAGGAUACUAUAGGAUAGAGCCUUUCCAUGUACGAGUACUACGAGUAUAGAACAUAGGGUUUAAGAGUUAGAAGUCAUCCUUGGCCGCAGCUUUGGGGUUUUGUUGUUUAGUAUUGAUUGUUUGAUUCCGGACCCACAGACGACUCCCUCUGCUUAGUUGCGUCGCCGGGCGACUCGAACGGCCGGGAUGCCUGCCACACUUUCGAAAUAGACAAUAAAACAGCAAAGAAAAAUGGAAAUGUUAAUGGAAAUCAAGUUACAAAGAAUUCAAACAAUAAGCAGGCGAUAGGUCCUCUGUUGCUUCUUAAAGAGCGUCUCGCCAGGAGCGCCGAUUUAUGUUGUUUUGUAAAUAGUAAACAACACGAGCUACGGUUUUUAAUUGUUAAGUAUUUAUUUAUUGCGUAUAGAUCCUUGGUUCUAUAGGUUUUGUUUUCGUUGCAAUUUUUAGACUAAGCCAUAUUUUUAUAAAUAGUUAGUUUAAGCCGAUAUUUAGCCACUAAGUUAAAGCAGCCGAAUAACCAUCAACAAGUGACACCCACAACAAAAUGCAUAAUUCAGCAAUUAACUCAAAAAUCAAAAAACAAGCUACUAAUUUUAAUUCAUGUUUCUGCCCAAAAUGUUAUUUAAACUGGCGAAUCGACAAAAAUUUAUUCAUGAAAUACAAAAACACAUAUUAAGGCGAAAUAAGAGAAAUUGUAUUUAUAAAUUGUUAUUAUUUAUUUAGUUGAAACUAUUGUAAAAUUAUAAUUAUAAAAAAAUACAUGAACAAAAUCACAUUUAGCUGAAACACACAAAACAAAUAAAGAAUUAAAAGAAACAGUAAUCAAAAACUUGCUCUUGUUUGUCUGGGUUUUGAAAUGGUUCAUUUUUCCCGCCAACCGCCAGCGCCAGCGCCGACGAAAGUCGCGGGCGAAUCGCUCAAAAUUCCCACUGCGCAGCAGCUGAAGUUACCAGGCGAACAGAAAAGCUUAGCAGGAGGAUACCAUCACUAAGUAUAACAGUUUUCAGCAACAUUAAUUGAACAGUUUCGGCGCGCCCAUCACGUAUAACAGUCACAUGGUGUAGCAUCAGCUGCGCUCUCUCCUCUCAGCGGCCAUUGCUGAAGCAGCUGAUUGGCCGCCAUUGUUUCUGAUCGCCGGGUAUCUCAAUUCUGAGCAGGGGUCGAAAUCGAUAUUUCUCAUCGCCAGCGCCCACAGAAGUAUGCAACGUUUUUCGCCAAACAUUUUGUCUAAAAAUAGCCAUUCUGGUUUAAAAUAGCGUAAAUAAAUAAACAUUCUACACAAUUUUCUUUUUAUUUAGGAUUUAUUUCAAUUUUAAUAACUUGACAAUAUUGGUUUUUAUCUUAUAUUCUGGUUGAUCGGGUUAAAUUGCAAAUAAUGUAAUUUAUAAUUAAUAUUUAUGUAAUAUUAAACUAACUCACAAUCAUUUGAAUUAAGUAUGUAUAGUAUAUUCAUAUAUACCUUCUAGGGUCCUUCAUGCAAAACUUGCAUGGCGGUAUCAAUGUGUAUGAGUUGAUCUUUCGAUAUUCGAUAGUAAAACGAAAACGAACAAAACAGGCCGGCGAUGGUCUCUACACAUUUGAAAAUCGUAUUCUAAGAGAGAUGACUCUGAACUGCUACUGAAUUUACACAAAAUGCGCUGCGCUGCGAUCGCUGUGGUGCACACAGGGCGGCAUAACAAUUGCUCUUUACAUUUACAUUUCUCCCCAUCCGAGGGGGUGGUGUGUUUGUGUAUGUGUGGGUGUGUGUUUAUGUCAUAAUGGCUUGAAUUAGCUUACAGUUCACGCUCUCAAAAUGGUGUAUUAAUUACAAAUUAGUCUGGAUCCCGUACCAGGGACUGCAGAGAGGUGCAUAUGGGGAUGCAUUUCAACUAGCGUGUAAGCGAGUUUCUUAUUUUACAAUUACAUUUUUAUAUUCAAUUUAUCGGUUUGCAGUCGGUUUGGGGGUAGCCCCUCUUCCUUGGGGUGUGUGUUCUAAGUAUGUGUAUAGGUGUGCACAUUUCAAGACAUAUACAAUUAGGAUGAUCGAGUGCCGGGUGGCGAACCGUCACCGCACUAUCAAUAUUUUACACGAUUUGGUUAUCAGUACAGAACAAAACACUGUUUUGGCGGGGUAUGAUACAAUACAAUGCACAGCAGUAUGCGCAGGAUUUGUAUUAACAAACAAAAGAUCAAUGGGGUUUUGUAUAGGAAACAUAUUCAUAUACAAGUCAAGUUGAAAAAAAUUUAGCAUAGGACUUUUGCA